UCUCCCGCGUCCCAGGAUGGCGGCUGCUGAUCUGAGAGACGAGCUGAGCUGCUCCAUCUGCCUGAGCGUUUAUACUGAUCCUGUGUCCCUGCCCUGUAGCCAUAACUUCUGCCGGGGCUGCAUUGGGGGGGUGCUGGGUACCCAGGAGGGGUCUGGGGGUUAUUUCUGCCCUGAAUGCAGAGCCGAGUAUCGGAAACGCCCGGCCCUGCCCAGGAACAGAACUCUGGGGAACAUUGCAGAGCGAUUCCUUUCUGCUCAGCCGGAGCCGGGGGAGACUGGGAUCCUCUGCACUUACUGUGACUCCCCUGUGGCUGCUGUUAAAUCCUGUGAGCAGUGUGAGACCUCCCUGUGUGAUACCCACUUACACAAGCACAACAAGUCUGUACGGCACGUCCUAACUGAGCCCACCAUCUCCUUUAUGGGAAAAAAAUGCUCCACCCACAGAAAGAUCCUGGAGUAUUACUGCUGUGAGGACUCUGCCUGUGUCUGUGUGUCCUGCUGCCUGGCCGGGGGGCACCGGGGCCACAGGGUGGAGCUACUGAGUGAGGCCUCUGAGAAGAAGAAAGAGAAACUGAGGAAAGUUCUGGAGAAACUGAGCCCAGAGAGAGAGGAGACUGAGAGAGGAGCCCAGAGGCUGCAGGAGCGCAGGAGAGACGUGGCAGAAAGAGCAGCCGGUGAGACAGAGAGAGUCACUGCCCUGUUUAGAGACAUCAGGGAAGAGCUGGAAGCCCUAGAGAAGAGACUCCUGAGUGACAUCUCCAGGAAGAAAGAGAAGCUUUCCCUCCAACUCACUGAGCUGAUCCAACAGCUGGAAAUAAAGAAGGACGAGCUGUCUGGGAAGAUCCGGCACAUUGAGGAGCUGUGCAACAUGGCAGCUCCACUCACUGUCCUACAGGAACAAUGGGAAUCAGAUGGAGCUGCAGAUACUGAGGGCAGAGAGACAGAGGGUAUAAAGGUCCCGGCUGUAGGGGAUCUGGAUAACUGGCUGAUCCCAGAGACAUUACUCACAGGCUUAGCUGGGAUUGUGACGGGGAUAAAGGGAAGGAUCCCUGGGCAGGAGGCUACAGACCUGGUACUGGAUAUAAAUACAGCGAGUGAUUAUGUUGCUUUAUCAGAGGACAGGAAAACUGCAUCCGGGUCAGAGACUGCCCUGUGUUACCCACACACACCAGAGAGGUUUAUAGAAUACGCCCAAGUGUUAAGCAGCAGGAGUUUCCCAUCAGGGCGACAUUACUGGGAAGUGGAGGUCAGUGAAUCAGGGGAGUGGGAUGUAGGGGCGGCCUAUCCCAGUAUAGAGAGAGAAGGAGACAAUUCCAGUUUAGGAGAUAAUAUCAAAUCCUGGAGUUUGAGUAGAUUAAAUGACCAUUUUACAGUGGCACAUAACUCCAUAGAAAUUCCUGUGUCCCCCUCCUGCCGGAGAUUCAGGAUCUCACUGGACUAUGAGGCCGGUCAUUUGUCCUUCUAUGAGCUGAGUGAGCCAAUCAGGCACUUACACACCUUCACUGCCUUCUUCACUGAGCCCCUGCACCCUGCAUUCUAUGUGGAUGGUAGCGGCUGGGUGAGAAUCUGCAGCUGAUCCCAUUAGGCUAAUACCAUGCGUAUGGCGGGCAAGCCAAAAAACUGAUGGGAUACGCUUGGGUGCAGGUACAUGUAACCAAAAUCUGCAUAAAAACGCAAGACUUUGCCACACUAUGCCAUACACAUAGUGUGGCAUUAGCCUUAGUCUCUCUCAGAAUCUCCCCGGCACCAUAAGUUGCAUGUGAUUGGCUGAGCUCUGGUUAGUUCAGAUCAGUGGGGUUUAUGGAAAUACACAAACCUGCCUGUUACACAGAAUGAUAAAUAGAAGCAGCAACAACAGGGGAUUCAGCCUCUGUAUUCAUAUCAUUGCUACUGAUCCAUUCAGCACUGAUACAUAUAUAUAUAUCAUGUAUAUAUAAUAUAUAUAAUGUAAUUGAUCCCAACUAAGAUAUAAAUAAUCCU